AUGACCAAACGCUCCUGUUGGUCGUUUGGUACGUUACCAUCUCUCCCCAGUUACCACCUCUCCUUAGGCACCACCUCUCCUAAGGCACGAUCUCCCCCCCAGGCACCACCUCUUCCUAGGCACCACCUCUCCCCAGGCACCACUUCUCCUCGGGCACCACCUCUGCUCGGGCACCACCAAUGCUCAGGCACCACCUCUCUUAAGGCACCAUCUCCCCCCAGGCACCACCUCUCCUCAGGCACCACCUCUCCUCAGGCACCACCUCUCCCCAGGCACCACCUCUUCUCAGGCACCACCUCUUCUCAGGCACCACCUCUCCUCAUGCACCAUCUCCUCCCAGACACCACCUUUGCUCAGGCACCACCUCUGCUCAGGCACCACCUCUGCUCAGGCACCAACUCUCCCCAGGCACCACCUCUUCUCAGGCACCACCUCUUCUCAGGCACCACCUCUUCUCAGGCACCACCUCUCCUCAUGCACCAUCUCCUCCCAGACACCACCUUUGCUCAGGCACCACCUCUGCUCAGGCACCACCUCUGCUCAGGCACCACCUCUUCCCAGGCACCACCUCUUCCCAGGCACCACCUCUCCUCAGGCACCACCUCUGCUCAGCACGUCGACUGGUGUCUGGCCAGCCUGAUGGUCACUGACUGGUGUCUGGCCAGCCUGAUGGUCACUGACUGGUGGCUGGCCAGCCUGAUGGUCACUGACUGGUGUCUGGCCAGCCUGAUGGUCACUGACUGGUGGCUGGCCAGCCUGAUGGUCACUGACUGGUGGCUGGCCAGCCUGAUGGUCACUGACUGGUGGCUGGCCAGCCUGAUGGUCACUGACUGGUGUCUGGCCAGCCUGACGGUCACUAACUACACCUUUUACUCCUCUAACUUAUAUUUCCAAGGGGUGAAAUGUGGUGGGAUCCUCUCCGCCUCUUCCGGCAACAUCUCCAGCCCCAACUACCCAGGUCUGUACCCGUACAACAUGGAGUGUGUGUGGCUGAUUGUAGUGGCCGAGGGGUCCUCUGUCCUGCUCACCUUCCACGACUUUGAGUUGGAGUAUCACGUCACCUGCUCCUACGACCACAUCAAGAUCUAUAACGGUGUAUCCGAGGAUGAGGGGAACCUACUGGGGACGUUCUGUGGUGUCAUGUCCCCUCCUCAGUUCACCUCCUCCUGGAAUGUUAUGUCGAUCAUUUUCCACUCCGAUCGUCAUGUGACUCACAGAGGGUUCUCUGUGAGCUACAGGAAAGACAUGUGUGGUGGGGUCCUAACCGGUCUGUCUGGCAUCAUCUCUAGCCCCGGCUACAGUCCAGAUACCCAGUACAGCAACAACGCUGACUGUUCCUGGACGGUCCAUGUAUCCAACUGCAGCGUGGUCAGUCUGGUCUUCCUCGACUUCCAGCUGGAGAACAACGAGGGCUGUAAUUUUGACUUCGUGGCUCUCUUCGACGGCCCCACCAUCACUCACAGACACCUGGGGAACUACUGUGGAGGGGAGAAGCCUCCUAAGAUUGUUACUACCUCCAACCAGCUGCUGGUGGUGUUCAAGUCUGACUUCAACAUCGGGGGACGAGGGUUCAAGGCUUACUACUACUCAGGUGAAUGCCAGCAGGUGCUGUCUGUACCAAGUGCGAAUUUCACCAGCCCCCACUACCCUAACAUCUACCCAAACAACAUCAACUGUCACUGGACCAUCAACCUGGCCGGGGGCUACCGCAUCAAACUGUUCUUCAACGCUAUGGAGCUAGAAGACAGGAACAGCCUAUCAGACGAGUGUGACUAUGACUCUGUAGCAGUGCAUGACGGGAGCAGGGAGACAGCCCCGUUGCUAGGGCGAUGGUGUGGCUCAGAACAACCCGGGUCUUUGAUCUCUAAGAGCAACAACAUGCUGGUGGUCCUCAGUACAGACAGGAACUAUGCUUAUAAAGGGUUCUCUGCAUCCUAUGUAGGAGUGGUACCAGUUAACAUCAGCUGUACGAGGACAGAGUUUACCAUCCACAUCUCCCAGCAGUCACUGCCUGGGCUGGAACGUGAGAGUAUCUAUCUGGGAGACCGCUCCUGUACCGCCCAGCUGACACCUACCACCUAUAAGAUACUGGCACGCUUCGAAAAAUGUGGCACUGCAGGCCAGCCACGGCGUAACAUCACCAUGCUGGUGAACACGCUCUACAUCGACUUCUCCGACGGGAAGGGGCGGAGCAUCCAGGAGUACGAGGUACAGUGCGACGCCCAGCGCAAGAUGGCCACCAUUCACAUCGUCUCAGCCGAGGAACGCCAGAGGAUGAACGAGCUGGCCCGACGCCAAGCAGAGGGGUCCGGGGGAGGUGGAGGGAAGGAGGCAGACCCAGAGCCUCACGACCCCAGUGAUAUAGUGUUCAUUAGCAUCUGUGUGCUGGCUGUUGUACUGAUGGUGAUUGCUGUAAUCUGGCUGGUACUGCUUUAG